AGCUCUCACUUCAAUAAAUACCCAAAGCUCUCACCUCUGUCCUCUGUUAUGGGUUGUUGCGUCAGCUUCCCCACCGCCGACCAGAAAGAUGAUUCCAUCUCCGGCAAGAGCACAUCACCGCCUCCAUCCGUCGUUGAAGAAGAGACAGUAGUCAAAGAAGUCUUGUCUGAAACCACAUUGGUAACUGACAACACGACGUCGAACAAGAUUCCAGAAGGCAAGGAGAAGAAACCCGGAGCUGUCAACGUAGCUCCAGACCCUGGUUUAACGGAGAACGGUUUGGUUGAACCGGAGAAAGGAUCAGAAGUUUCAGAAAUUUGCAGUUUGAGCGAGAGCCUGCUUUCUAUCGUGAAUGAGUGCAAUGAGGAGGAAGCGAAACAGAGGAAACUGCAAGGAGUGAGACAAAGAUCCCCGGAGAAAUCUCGGAACCGGGUCAUGGUUCAUAAUUACCCAACCCGGAUAACCGAUAUGUCGCCCCGUAAGAGAAACGCGGAAGGAGGAGGAGAAGAAGAAGCUGGCUCGGUGAGGCUGGUGCCUUCGGGUACGGGUCAGAGAGACCCGAAUAAAAGAUCCGGGAGGAGAAGGUCCAGGUCAGUCAUGAUAGGUCCGACUCGGGAUCAUUAUUGUACGGACAGUGGCAGAGCAAAUCUGUCUCUGGGUCGGGUGAGACCUGAGCCUAAUAAGAACGGGUCGGAUCAUCAUCAGUGGCUGAGUUGCGGUGCAGCUGGAGAUAAUGAAGUAUCUACCCCUAUCGACUCAUUUGAGAACUCUCUUGUCACAUUAGAGAGUUUCAUCUUUCUUUGACAUUUUCAUGGAAAAAAAUGUUACUGGAGAAUAACAGUCUCGAAUUAUCGCCGAAAUUUAAUCAACUAUUUUUAUUGAUUUACU